AUGGCGAUGAUGAUGACUGGCCGUGUGCUGCUGGUGUGUGCCCUCUGCGUGCUGUGGUGCGGUGCCGAAGGAGGUUGUGAAGAAGCAUCCGCAGGUUUUCAGUCUGAUGCGUCCGAUGGUCUUGUGGGGGAAGGUGUAGAUUCACAGGAUUCACCGCGCUCUGAAACUAAUGGGGAAAGCGAGGGGCAUCGUUUGGAAGGGACGGAUUUGGGGCAAAUAAACUCAUCCCCUCGCGGUGGAACUGUGGGGCUAGACAACAAGUUGGCAGUGAUACCUGCGGGAUCUCCGGUAACACGCAGUCAAUUGUUGUCGAAUGAAGCGCUGUCUUUGCAGUCACCACCAUCACCAAAACCAUCAGCACCAGAAUUACAGGAUUUACCAGAAGGCCCAGCAGUAUCCGGUGGCAGCCAAGGUGGUGGAGCUGACAAUGCUGUUGGUGGUGUUGUUGGCCCCAGUGGAAGUUCUUCUGGAAGUGGUGUUAAAUCUAUGGUAUCUGCUUCUUUUUCCGCCGGUACGCUUUCACCCCCUAAUCCCGUUGACGGUGAUGUUUUGCAGGGCGGCAAGGGUACGACAGCCACCCUGAGCAUGGAUUCCUCAGAAGAAAGUGAAAAGUCACAAUCGGCAGAACCUCCAGCACCCGCACAACCAA